GCGCAACACCCAGGAGUGACCGAUCGCGCUCGAUCGUCGCGAGGAUCAUCGAUCGCGAUCCUUCGAUCGACGUGGCGGGCACCGGAAUCGGUUCCCGGUAGUAAAUAGCGGAGGGCCUCGGCUUUUUCCGCUCUGGAAUGCCCGAGGAAACCGCCAACACCCUGCUACCGAGGUGCAACGGGCGCCUCGCAGGUGCGCUAUUUCACGCCGAGGGGAAGUCCCGGUCAGGACCGGCCUGAGUGAUAACGCGGGAAAAAAAAACCAUUUAUGGAAGAGGAGGAUUUCGGGUUCACGCAGCGGGACGAAUGGGUCCUCCGGAGGAUCGGUGCGCACGGGUGCGCCGUCGAGGGCCGACAGGAGGGACAGGGCGGCGAGGGCGGCGAUCCGGCAACAGCGCGGGGCCCGAAUGCAAAUGGCGGACGCGCCCCCUCGGCUGCGAAGGGCGUGGGCGCCACUGGCAACGUCGCGGGGCCCGUGACAUCACCGGAAACCGGAAGCGGCCGCCCUGCAGAGCGGACGCGCUCCGAGCGCUCAGUCGCGACCGAGUCGCCGACGACGCCGGACAUACCCAACGUCGUCGAGUACCACCUGAAGGUCAAGCCUAACGUCGCCAAGCCCACCGGAGACAGUCAGCCAGGGAUGCGGAAGGAGCCGGCCGUACCGGCCGAGGAGAGCAAGGACCUGCAGAGUCGGUUCUCCCGGCUGCGGGUCAACGACAACGUCUUCGAGGGCUCGACCGAGCUGCCGCAGAUCUUCCAGGUGAAGUACCUCGGCUCCCACGAUGCCAGGGGCCUGUGGGGCAUCAGGCACACCCGGAAACCGGUCGACAACAUGGUCGCGGCGGCGCGGUCCUUACCGACCGGCACCAUCCUGCCGUUCAUCAAGCUCGUCGUCUCGCCGCAAGGCGUCGCCCUCCUCCCCCUCGGCAAGCGGCCUUCCCUGGACUCGGGCCUCUCCCGGAUGUACACCAUCGAGAACAUCUCCUACGGGGUGCAGGACCUCGUCUAUACGAGGGUCUUCUCCAUGAUCGUGGUCCGCGGCACCGGCAAGUGCCGCGAGACCUCGCCCUUCGAGUGCCACGGGUUCGUCUGCGAGUCCAAGCACCACGCCAGGCAGCUCACCUGCGCCCUCGCCGCCGCCUUCCAGAUUUACUCCCAAAACGUCAGGGCGCUCGCCAAGUCGGAGGAGAGCAGGAGCAACACUAAGAAAAGGUUCGCCAUAGACUUGAGGAGCCCCGACGAGAUCGAGGCCGACCUCAACCUCGAUUCCGAGGCGUGAAGGCGAUUCGUUGCUUGGGGAUCCCAGGUGUCCCCACCUCUGUUCCUCCCCCUAAGACUCGUAGACCAUAUUCAGGGGGUAACAGAACUGGUAGAAGGGUUUAUACAGCGCUAUCCUUGUUGAUAUAGGAGCCGCAAAGUCCUGUACUAUUUUU